AUGACCACAAAACGUUCUCUGCCGAUCGAGCAAUACCAAGUGGGCGUCAUCUGUGCUCUUCGUCACGAGAUGACAGCGGUAAUCGCCAUUCUGGAUGAACGGCAUCAGCCGAUCACGAGUCAAGACAAACUCGAUCCCAAAAACUAUGUAGUAGGCCGAGUUCAUGAACAUGACGUGGUCAUUGCCUGCUUGCCGGCCGGCGUCUACGGGACGAAUGCUGCGGCAAGAGUGGCCAACGACAUGCCGAGGACAUUCACCGGACUGCGGUUUGGGCUGAUGGUGGGAAUUGGAGGCGGGAUCCCCAACCUACCCAAGGGUUUAGACAUCCGUCUCGGGGACGUGGUGAUCAGCCAGCCGGACAAAACGUUCGGGGGAGUGGUUCAGUAUGAUUUGAGAAAGAAUCUGGGGAAGAAGCAAUUUGAACGUAAAGGGUUUCUGAAACCACCGCCUCCCAUCCUACUGGCUGCACUUUCCACUCUGCAGGCGGAACAUGACCUCGAUGACAGUAAGGUUCCGGGGAUACUGGCAGAUAUGGCUAAGAAACAUCCUAAUUUGGUGAUAAACGGAUAUGGGUUUCCUGGGCGGGAGAACGACAAUUUAUAUUGCUCUCAAUGUGAUGGCCCUGGAUCUUCCGGUUUGUGCCAGUCGUGCACGGACGGGAAGAUCAAGAGACCGGCUCGUGAUGAUCGCCAUCCUGCAUUUUGGUACGGGGUGAUUGCGUCAGGCAACGAUUUGAUGAAGAAUGCCACGGAAAGAGACAGGAUAGGUCAGGAAUUUGGAGCGCUGUGCGUGGAAACAGAAGCAGCCGGGCUGAUGAAUGAUUUCCCGUGCAUCUUCAUUCGGGGCAUCUGUGACUAUGCGGAUUCUCACAAGAAUGAUGCGUGGCAGAAGUAUGCUUCUCUCACGGCGGCAGCCUAUGCUAAGGAAUUUCUUGACUACGUAUCACCUGAGCCGACCAGGCUAGAAACGCCGAUCCAAGACAUUAUUGAUUCUCUCGACAAGCAUCUCAAUAAGCAAUUGGGCUUAGUGGAAGAGCAUCUUCUCGAGGUUAGACGAGAAAAUGAGAAACAGGACCGGCGGUAUCAGAAUGAUAAACAGCGGCAAUGUCAUCGAGCAUUCAAGACCAGCAUGUACGAACAAUUUAAGGAUGUCAAUCCUGAUCGGGUGGAAGGCACCUGCCAAUGGGUAUUAUCCCACUCCCAAUAUCGGAAGUGGCUCACAACGACCCAUGAUGACCUACUCUGGAUCUCGGCGCAUGCGGGCUGCGGCAAGUCGGUCCUCGCCAAAUCGCUCGUGGACAAUGAACUUCGAAAUACUGAUCAGCACACUGUCUGCUACUUCUUUUUCAAGGACAAUGAAGAGCAGGACAACUUAGCCACGGCUCUUUGCGCACUACUCCAUCAAUUAUUCACUUACCAGCCUCAGCUAAUCUCACAUGCAAUUCCGGCGUGGGAGACGUUGGGCGAGAAACUCGUGAAGGAGAUACCGGAGCUAUGGCGGAUGUUGAUGGCCGCCACCAGAGAUUCUGAGGCUAACAAUGUGACGUGCGUGCUCGAUGCGCUGGACGAAUGUCGGCUUUCUGAUCGGCGGCUGCUAAUUUAG